AUGCCUCAUUCAUGUGCUGCAUGGAAGUGUACGAAUCGUUUUACUGUCCAAACCAAAUCCCAGGGAAUAACCUUUCACAGGUUUCCCAAAGAUACUGCUCGGAGGAAACAGUGGGAAGCAGCUCUCCGGAGGGAAGGGUUUUCUGCUAGCUCGUCUUCCAUGCUCUGCAGUGGGCAUUUCAAGCCGGAGGACUUUGACAGAACAGGUCAGACAGUCAGGAUCAGAGAUGGAGCUGUCCCUUCUGUCUUCAGUUUCCCAGUUCACCUCCUGAGGGACCACUCCUAUGUCCUGCCUUCAUCACCUGAUGAUCUGAGGGCCAGACUUAGUGAUGCCUUGGCUAGGGUGGAGAGUCUGGAAAGAGAGAAGCAGAAUGCAAAAGAUAGAGAAAGGAGGGCAAAGAACACUGUGUGCAGUCUUCUGGAGGAUCUCAGAGGAAAGAAACUCAUAAAUGAAGAGCUGAAAGACAAGCUUCAUUCAUACUCAGAUCUUCCAGUACACCUCCUCUAAAAAAACAGCCAUGAAUACACCAAAGACCAGAGGGAGUUUGACAUCAC